CGAAGGGGAAGUAGAUGGAGAGCUAGUUAGUUAUGUUGAAUUUCAGUCCAAAUCAAAUAAGUUCGACCGCUAGCUAGUUAGUAUUGCUUCUGUGAUUAAACCCGCCGUCAAAAUGUCGGGGGCCAAAGACAGAAUGCGCCACAAGAAAAUGAGAAAUCAGCCAAGUAACGUGACGUAUUCCUCUUCAACAGACUGGCGAAACGGCGGAGCAGCAGGAGGUCGCAGUCACGACGCUCCGCAGCACGUCAGAGGCCCACCACAGUACGGCAGACCCCAGCAGUCCGGCGGCUGGGUGAGAGGACGUCAGGAUGGAGUUCCUCCUGACCAGGCAUUGCCCAAGUAUAUCACUGCGUCCCUCUUCGCCAGAGCCCGCGCUGCAGAGGUCAGUGCCAUGAUGAGGGCCGUUUCCAAGACGACGGCGAGCUGCCAUGCGUUUGGCGCUCUCCCGAAGCACAUGCGGCGGCGCGCCAUGAGUCACAACACCAAGAGGCUUCCCUGUCGCCUGAGAGAGGCAGCGCGCAGAGCGCUGGAGAAGAGUCAGAAGGCAGGGCAGAAGGAGAAGAGAGAGCAGUCGAAGACCAAAAGUCGCCGUGCCCGCCGUCGCCAUGGCAACUUGCUGCUGGAGUUUAACCGGCGGCAGAGGAAGAACAAGUGGCUGGAGACGCACAUCUGGCACGCGAAGCGUUUCCACAUGCUGAAGACGUGGGGCUACUGCCUCGGAGACAGACCCACGUACAAGUGCUACAGAGCCAGCUACAGAGCCAUGAGCUCAGGCUGCCUGAUGCAGGAUUUGUCGUACCACUGCUGCGUGGAGCUCCGGGGGCCAGAGGAAGAGCUCCUGCGCGCCCUCUCCAGGCUGACCAGCAAAGACGUCGGCCCAACUUUUGCAGGAGCGCUGCAUGUCUCUGGGCAGAAAGAGGGCCAUGUGAUGCUGUACAGGCCUGAUCGGUAUCCUCGCCACCCCCUGGGUCCUGCUCACUUCCUCUGGAGACCCUGUAGUGCACCGUCCUCUCACAGACAGCUGUGGGUCUGGGUACAUCCCACUUUAAAGCAGGACCUUCUGUCAGAGCUGCAGGCAGUGUGCGAGUGCUUUGUGGCAGUGGCUCCAGCUGUAGACACGGUCCCCUUAGAGCCACAGACAGAAGCGGAGCCCAGUAGUCACACUUCUCUGGCUGCCUCUGAGCCACGGCGCCCUGGCGGGAAGAGAAAGAGGGAAGGUGAUGGAAACGAUGGUCGUCCUGCCAAAAAAGUCCUGGGGGAUGGCACUCGAUCUCCUUUAACUCCUGUUAGCUGGGCGUCCUCCAAGACUGAGAUUGUGAUCAGCGAUCUCACCAUGGAAAUAGUACGCUACCGUCUGAUUGGUCCGCUCUCCCAUUCCGUGCUGACUGAGACACUUCUGCCAGCCACUGGCGUUGAGGUUGAUGAUAAAAUGGCUACUUCCCCUUUCUGGUGGCCAGAGGUGUGUAAAAAUGAGGAGCACAUGACUUUACAUCAGAGACAAGCAGACAUCUUCCAUCUACUGAGAGGCGUGUACUCCACGUCUGAGCUCCCAGCAGGGUGUGUGUUGGGGCUGACUGUUGACGACCCCAGACUGACGCUGCCUAAGAAACGGGGGAAGGUCACACCUGAUCUCCAAGGGGACCAAGGUAUUGAUGAGGAGCGUAUGAGACAUUUGACCAUGAGAGGAAUUCCUGCUUUCUGUGCUCAAAGUGCUCUGUGGGAUCAGUCUGUCCGAGAAAAUGUGACGCACAACAAGAUCUCUGAGCAGGACCUGAACAGAAUGAAGAGGGAGUUGCUGGUUCCAGGAUCCAGGCUGCCGACCUCUCCGCAGGGCCGAGUACCCGUUCUGCUCGUUCACCAGGCGGGCAGGCAGCAGGGGGAAGACCAGCCUGGCUGGGGCUCUGGCUGGGAUGUGCUGCUGCCCAAGGCCUGGGGCAUGGCCUUCUGGGUACCUCUGGUGUAUCGUGGCGUGCGUACUGGGGGACUACAGAUGAGUCUGAAACACUCUCAGUUUAAAGGCAUGCCUUACUUCCCCCACGAUUACCCAGACUGCCCUGCAGGUGCCCGCUUCCAGGAACAGCAGGAGGCUGAGCUGCUGGAGAAGUUUAAGAGGCGUCCGCCCUCCAAACGCACAAACUACAUCAAACACGGCAGCCUGGCUCCUUUCCGGUGCCCAUGGCAACAGCUGGCAGAGGAAUGGGAAGAGAUAGUGAAGCAAGAUCGAGAAAUCGUAGACUCACAGCCAAUUAAAAUGGAGGGAGUGACCUCACUGUCUGGAGUCAGCACACGCCUGACAUCUGCCUUUACUGUGCUCAGGAGCCGUAAGGUACUGAGGCAGCUCUCGGUCUGGUGUCGUCCAUCUUCCGCACGUGCUCGGAAAUUGCAGCUUGGUCGCCCCGCCCCCUCUCUGAGCCCCGAGGUUGCCAUGGCACUGCAGAUGGAAUGGGGGUGGCACCUGGUGUGGGUGCGGCUGUGCGUGCUGGGUAAAGGGCGUCCCGCGAUGCAUGCCAUGCUGUGUGUCCCUACCGCUGAAGACCUGCGGAGUCUCCGGGCAGACCCCCAGUGCAGUGGCCCUCAGGAGCCCCGACACAGAGACCACCUCCAGCACCUGUUGAAGAGGAGCAAGAGACACAAAGCCACAGCGAAAUGCCCGGUCUCUGUAGCCCCUAAAAAGGAAGAAAGCCCUGCCCCCGGUAACGACCAGGCAGCUGGCCUUGCCCCUGAAGGAGAACAGCUGUCUAGCCCCGCCUCUCUACUCAAAGAUCACCACCCUCAUUCCAUCACUCUUGUCAGCAAAGAUCCUGAUCCCGCCCCCACUGUUGAGCCCAGUUCUGUGAUUGGCUGCGGUGACUCAGCUGUGGGACUGGUACGGGGGUUGUGGCCAGACCCGCUGCCCAGUGUAUCGUCUCACUGUUCACGGGUCACCCUGGGCUGGGUUACGCAGGGCGAUUUCUCCUUAGCGACAGGUGCUGGAGAAGCACUGGGCUUCGUGAGCCUGGCAGGGCUCCUGAACACGCUCCUCAGCCAGCCGGCAGAUCAGCGCGGCACUGUGCUCCUGCGAAACCCCUCCUCCUUGCAGUACCGCUACGCUCGGCUCCGUGUGGAGGCUUGAAGCACUGUAGGUUCACUGCAUACACUGCACCUGCACCGCAGUACAACUCUACACACUGCACUCGCACUUCAGCACUGCACAGAAACGUCACUGAGUGAAUUCCUGCAUGUAAGCCCUAUUUUAUUCUCAAGGGCAGACCCGUAUUACUGCAGUACUGUACAGCACUGCAGAGCUAUACCAACACCUACGCAUCUAUACCCAUGCAGACAAUAUAAUCAAAGCCCAUUCUAAAACACGCUGCAUUAAGGCUGAAAUCUGUUCUACAGUAAUGCUAUAAGCAAUUAACUGCAGCUAGGCUUAAACGUUGCUUGGAUGGCACUGGACAUUUUCACAUUGAGGACUAAAAUCUAUAGCACUGCUAGAAAAAUAUCACAAAAAAAAGCCUGUAGAGAGUUAAACAUGCAUACUUCAGAGAAUAGUAACCCAGUGAGAUGGCUAAGUAUGAUGUAUGGUUUCUUCAGCAGAGGGGUUUGUGUUCCUUUUGGCAAUAUAGUUGUCAGUGGCUUAUGAGGAUAAAUGACCGUCGAUUGGUUACUAUAUAAUUUGGCUUCAGACUUUUAAGUAGCUCUGUGCUGCUGAAUACAUUUCCGUUCUAUAGAAAGACUCUUUCUGUUGUACUUUAAACUUUUUUUAAGUUUGUUUUUUUGGUUAUUGAAAAGUUGAAUGCUAAUAUUGGCAAUAUCAGUAAAGGAAUUUGACAAAUUGCAAAAUAUCUACUUGUGCUGUUUUUGCAAUUCUCCCCUUUUUUGGCCUGGGGUGGGGUUGAGUGUUUUUGCAAGAUUCACACACUCCUCAUAUUGUUCUGUUGGCUCAUGUGUAAAAACUGAGGGAAAGGCCUUUGAACGGGUUGCUCCAUAAAGUGGUGUGUUUGUCAUAAAGUAAGCACAAUGAUGCCAGGAUAAUUUUACUUUUUGUCGACAAAUGAACUCUGUGUCCUUGCUAUGUUCCUGCCCUGAUCAUGGAACAGACCUCUAAUGAAGUUUCAUGAAUAAGUGUAAAAACAAAAGGUUACAGCUAAGCGACCAAGGCGUCUCGUUUCAUUUAAAUUAUUUUUUCUUAGUUAUUUUUAUAGGAAAGAAGCUAAUUUAAACUUUUUUAAGGUUCACAUAUAGGCUAUGGAAAAUUGACUCUUAUUGGUUUUGACAAUGACGUUAACAUUGCAAGUAAAAAAAAAAAAAAAAAAAAAACGUCCAACAAAAACAUUCAAAAGAAACCACAGCUAUGACCUUUUAAGGCAGUCUGCAAUUCAGCCCAAAAUAACCAACAAUUUUGUGAAGCACUGAACUGUCGGUUUGAGGUUGUGGUAUAUUCCGCAAUAAAAAUUAAGUUACACAUUCUGAGGUCUGACAUUUUGAGUUCCGGCAAAUUGGUGUUUCCACAGUACCCUUCAAUUGACCAUUUUUCCAUGUUUUUAAAAACCAAGUCAGCGUAUAAUAUAAUGUCAGUAUAAUGUAUCAUCUGUGUAGUAUUAUCGCUGAAAUUCCAUAAACGUUUCAAGCGAUCGUUCAAGUUACUGUGCACGGAAGGAGAAGGGAGGGUGCUGCAUUCUCAGUAUCUCCCGUGGAAGGAGCCAUUUCUCUGCUCAUGACGAGCAGGGAAGCAGUAAUGCAGGUUCCGAACACUGAACUCCGACAGAGAAGAAGAGGCUAGUGAACCGGCCCAGAGAAGGACUCUCUCUCAAAGGGAAGCGUUCUCCGCAGAGCACCUUAAACACUGUGUGGGGUCGCAAUGCAUCACCCAAAUGUUCCAUAGAGAGGAGGUUAUGCAUGCAUCCUCGAGGGAAGGCCCAUUGCCCGUGUACUGGUUCUGGGCCUGCUUACAGUACAAAGUACAUUUGAACUGUUUGGUCUUUGUGUUGGUAUCUAUUGGACUGAACUAACGCUGCCGUAUUCAUCCACCCACCCCAUCUACUCCAGUGGAAGAGCUGCAGAAAUGGCUCACCCAAACUUGGCCCACUGGAGAAGCUGACACCUAUACUGAACUGGCUAUGUAGACUAUAUAUAAUGUAAUAAAGCACAGACUUGUUAUAAGAUGGGUUUCCUUAGGAGGAUGGGUUCCCUGUUGAGUUUUGGUCCUUUCUUCUUUAAGAAAAGGUUUCUUCUUUAAUUCUGCCGAGAGAGGUUGUUUUUUCUUGCCACUGUCAGCACUGGCUUGCUCGUUUGGGAUCUGGAGCCAAACAUGUAUA